AUCACCCAGAAGCGACAAGUGCUGGAGCAACUCAACAGGUCAGAUCAAAGAUCUACAGAGCGAUAAGGUGAACGGCACAAGUCGCAGCGGUACCAUGGAAAUCUCAGUGCCAUCGAACUUCAACAUCCUUAAACUACCUUAUGCAUUACAUUUGAUCGUGGCAUGUGGAGAUGCAUUAAUUUCCAGACCUGAAACCAUCACUAAUACUACUACGGGAGAAGAUGUAAUGUUUCCCAUUGAGCACCAAGGCAAAGAUGAGCAGUACAUUGUUAAUUUUAGGUUUAAAUAUCCAUGCAACGUAAAGAUUUUAACAUGGCAUUCCAAUGAUCUGGGAAAGCUGCAUUUUGUGCACUCAUUAUACGAACAAAGAGCUACAAUCAAACAUGGUUUAGUGGUGCUGAAUGAUGUACAAGUCAAUGACAGUGGAGAGUAUCAAAUGCGAAUUGACUACUAUGGAUCCAAAUUGAAAAAUCAUGAUCAAAGCACUUUUGGAAUUCAAGUAUUUAAUCCAGUUUCUAAACCUGUGGCGAAGACAUUUAUACACGCUCAGAAAGCGUCUAAUAUCACUUUGAGUUGCCUUGUCUCCAAUGAAAAGAGAGCCACGAUUUACUGGGAAAAGAUAUCAUUGUCUGGAAGCGUCAUCGAGACCUAUGUUCAGACAAUACUGGUGAUAGGCUGUGCUACGGAAGAAGAACAAUACAAAUACAGAUGCAUCGUAAAGAAUCCAGUCAGUAAUGCGUCCAGCAAUGAAGUAUCUGUCAACCAAUGUAACGUCGGAAAUUGGAGUGGUGAAAGAAAUUAUCUCAUGAUCCUGGUCCCUCUGGCUAUGAUGGUUACAUUGGUUUAUAUCUGAAACUACUUUGUAAAAGUGGUUCCAAAUGACUGAUCCAGUUGCACAUACCAUGGAAUUUGCUGACCAUCUCUUAACAGUCCAAAAUCUAGCACUAUAAAGUAAUGCACUUGAAGCUUUUUGUGCAGCUU